GGCAUGGCUCAUUUUAAAGGGCAAUGAAAAGGAAUAAGCGCGAGACGAAUGUAUGAAUAUUUUACAGGAGAGGGUGGUGACUUGGAGAGCGAAAAUUGCCGACAGCUCUCCGAUUGGUUUAGUGGAGGCGUGAUGACAUUGAGGAGUUGGUCUUAACAGUUUAUAAAGCUCCCCCGUUGGUGGUCAGCCACUGUGAAAUAGACGACUGUUAACUUCUGAUAGGCGCUGGAAAAUCCCCGUGUCUUCGGCACAACUGCAAAAAAAUAACCAUGAGUGAGAGACAAGGACCUGGUGCAACUGGUGGCAACAAACAGACCUCAGGCGGACAAGACGCCUCCAAGAAGGACGUCCCUGCUGAGGACUUCGACAUCGACAUGGACGCCCCCGAGACCGAGAAGGCGGCGGUGGCCAUCCAGUCGCAGUUCAGGAAGUACCAGAAGAAGAAGCACGACGACAAAUAGUGGCCGCAACGCCAAGACGUCUCCACGGGGACGGGACGGGUUCGAGAUGGGGUGGGGGUGGGGCUAUAAACCAACUCCGCCCCUCUCUCAAGAGAGAGACAGUUAGGCUCCUCCCCCAUCUCAAGAGUCUUGACUUCUCUCCACUCCCCCCCCCUGAUGGCGACAUUGGCAGCAGACCACUUGGGUUACACUGGGGCAUAGCGUGAUCCUGCAUGUGUACCAAUUUAUCCUGUACAGACUACACGCUUUUUGUGGGGGGUGGCUG